AUGUCGGCUCUUCGUGCCACCUCCAGCGUGGCAUCCUCGCAGGCCUCCACCGUCACUCCCUUCUCGAUUGACGUCGCUUCUUCCGUCGCCUCGCUCGAUUCGUCCAUUCCAACCUCGCCCGAACCCUCCGACAUUGGCGAUGAUGCUCCCCUCAAGCUUCCCUUUGUCUCGCACAAGGACCGCCGCGGUGCCAACGGCUACCGCUUCGCCACCCAGUGUGCGACUGUAGACGACCCCAACCACAAGGACCAGUACGGCUCUUCCUCGACCCCCAUUUACAUGUCUGCCACCUUCAAGGGUCUCCCCGGUGCUGAGUUCGACUACUCUCGCUCGGGCAACCCCACCCGUUCCAUGCUCCAGCACCAUCUCUGCCAGCUCCAGAACUGCAAGUACAGCUUUGCCGUCUCGAGCGGCAUGGCAUGUCUCGACGUCAUCACCCGUAUCGUCAAGGCCGGUGAGCGCAUCAUUGCAGGCGAUGACCUCUACGGUGGUACCAACCGUCUGCUUGGCUACCUCGCUUCGCACCAGAACAUCCACACUGAUCACGUCGACACCACUGACGCUUCCAAGGUCGAAGAGAUGCUCCAGCAGCGAAGCCGUGACGCUGCUGCUGGUCUUUGCGGUAAGGUCAGCAUGGUUCUUCUCGAGACACCCACCAACCCUUGCCUCAAGAUCUGCGACCUGCAGCGAUGCGCUGCUGCCGCCAAAAAGUGGGCCCCCGACGCCGUCGUCGUCGUCGACAACACCAUGAUGUCGCCCUAUCUCAUGCGCCCCCUUGAGCUCGGUGUCGACGUCGUCUACGACUCGGGUACAAAGUACCUCUCGGGACAUCACGAUCUCAUGGCGGGUGUCAUUGCUUGCGACCGUGAUGAUCUCGGCAAGCAGAUUGCAUUCACCAUCAACUCGAUCGGAAACGCCCUUACUCCCAUGGACUCUUUCCUCCUACUUCGUGGUAUCAAGACGCUUGCCGUGCGCAUGGAUCGUCAGCAGGCUUCCGCCAUCACCGUAGCUCACUAUCUCGACUCGCUCGGAUUCAAGGUCAACUAUCCCGGUCUGGCUUCCCACCCUUCCAAGGCCGUGCACGACAAGCAGGCUGCCGGUCCCGGCUCGGUGCUCAGCUUUGUCACCGGCGACAAGGCGCUCUCAGAACGCAUUGUUGGAGCUACUCGACUCUGGGGCAUUUCUGUCUCGUUUGGCUGUGUCAACAGUCUCAUCUCGAUGCCCUGUCUUAUGUCGCACGCCUCAAUCGACCCCAAGGUGCGCGCUGCUCGUGGCAUGCCCGAAGAUCUCAUCCGUCUCUGCGUCGGUAUCGAAGACGAGCGUGACUUGCUCGACGACCUCGAACACGCCUUGCUCCAAGCCGGCGCUAUUCGCCGCAAGCCCUCGAUUACAUCUUCCGAUAUCGCCUCCACCACCGAAAGCUCGCGCGCAGCAUCGCCAGAUCUCAUCGCCUACGAACGCACUCCUUCGGAUACUGACCAGCACGCCCAUCAGGACAAGAUCGGCGGGCUCGUCGAGGACAUGAACCGGGCCAAGCUCGAGACCCGCGGCGGUGAGGGGGAACCUCGCCUGGCUCAGGAUCACCCGCCGCCGUCGUCGGUGGUGGUCAGCGCACCUGGAAAGGUGAUCCUUUUCGGUGAGCACGCAGUAGUGCACGGUGUCACUGCUAUUGCCGGCUCUGUGGCUCUGCGAUGCUAUGCUAGCGUGUCGCCUCGCGAAGAUGGAAAGAUCUCGCUCGACUUGCCUGACCUUGGAGUCGUUCACACUUGGAGCAUCGAUGAGCUGCCAUGGUCGGCUGUGCCUGAGUCGAUCCAAGGUGGCGGUGCCGUGCCUGACUCGCUCGACCAGGUACUUGUCAGCGCCAUUGAAAAGGUGGUUGGCGAUACCGUCAAUGAGAGCGAGAGAAGCCAUGCUGCUUCCAUCGCCUUCCUCGUGCUCUACAUGUGCAUCGCUGGUCAAUCCGACGCACGCGCUCAGGCGUUUGUGCUGCGUUCGGCCCUACCUAUCGGUGCAGGUCUUGGAUCCAGCGCUGCUCUCAGCUCGUGCUUCGCUGCGGCACUCAAUAUCCUUUACGGCCGCAUUCCCGCUCCCGCUAGCGACGUCUCAGCCAAACACUCUGCCUACGUCAACCAAUGGGCUUUCCUCUCCGAAAAGGUGAUCCACGGCACACCUUCGGGCGUGGACAACUCGGUCGCAGUGCAUGGCGGAGCGAUUGCCUUCACGCGCGCCCACCCGAGCAACACGCUCACCGCUAACAAGAUGGACAAGCUCAAGGGAUUUUCCUCAUUCCGCUUCUUGCUGGUUGACAGCUGUGUGGGUCGCGAGGGAAAGAAGCUCAUUGCGCACGUUGCAGCUCAGAAGCAAGCUGAGCCUGCACGCGUCGAUGCUGCACUGGCUCGAAUCCAGAACAUUGCCGAUGCAGCGCAGGAGCUGCUCGGUGGAACCUCAGGCUUGGAGCGCACAGACAUUGUUGCGCAGCUGCGCGAGCUGAUCAAGCAGAACCACGCCGAGUUGGUGGGCUUGGAGGUGUCGCACCCUGCAUUGGAGUUGAUCAAGAACAAGACCGAGUCAUUCUCCGCACAGCUCGCCACGAAGCUCACGGGAGCAGGCGGAGGCGGGUGUGCCGUGACCUUGCUGCCGGACGAGUUUGAGGCUUCCAAGGUGGAUGCUUUGGUGAGCGAGCUGGAGGGGGCUGGAUUCAAGUGUUACGAGACGAGGGUAGGCGGAGAUGGUUUUGGUGUGAAGCUCUUGCAGAGUGGCGAGGAGGAGGCGGAGGCCAAGCUGAGGUUCAAGGAGGCUAGUGUUAGUACCGAGUUGGCCAGGUGGGCGGAUUGCCAGCAGGGGUGGGUGUUUGCGUGA